UGACGGGUGCUUGGCAGCUGCGCCGAGGGCCGCAGGAUCCGGAGUGGAUCCGCAGAGGCUGAGGCCCGAGAACCUCGCUCGGGGCCGCACCUGCCGUCGGGCCCCGGCUUGUGGCCGCGGCUGCUCCAGCCUCGGGGAAAGCCCGGGCCGGCCGGACAUGGUGCAAGGCGCGCUUCGCUGCUGCUGCCGCUGAGCUCGCGGGUCAUUCCGGCUCGCACGUCCAGCAGGAAGAUGUUCUCCGCGUUGAAGAAGCUGGUGGGGUCGGAGCAGGCCCCGGGCCGGGACAAGAACAUCCCCGCCGGGCUACAGUCCAUGAACCAGGCGCUUCAGAGGCGCUUCGCUAAGGGGGUCCAAUACAACAUGAAGAUUGUGAUCCGGGGUGACAGGAACACGGGCAAGACUGCUCUGUGGCAUCGACUGCAAGGCAAGAAAUUUGUGGAAGAAUACAUCCCCACACAGGAGAUCCAGGUCACCAGCAUCCACUGGAGUUACAAAACCACUGAUGAUGUAGUGAAAGUUGAAGUCUGGGAUGUAGUUGACAAAGGAAAAUGUAAAAAACGAGGUGAUGGCUUGAAGAUGGAGAAUGAGCCCCAGGAGGCAGAGUCUGAAAUGGCCCUGGAUGCUGAGUUUCUGGACGUGUACAAGAACUGUAAUGGAGUGGUCAUGAUGUUUGACAUCACUAAGCAGUGGACCUUCAAUUAUGUUCUCCGGGAGCUUCCCAAAGUGCCAACCCAUGUGCCGGUGUGUGUGCUGGGCAACUACCGUGACAUGGGUGAGCAUCGAGUCAUUCUGCCAGACGAUGUGCGUGACUUCAUUGACCACCUGGACAGACCUCCUGGUUCCUCCUAUUUCCGAUACGCUGAGUCUUCCAUGAAGAACAGCUUUGGCCUAAAGUACCUGCAUAAGUUCUUCAACAUCCCAUUUUUGCAGCUACAGAGGGAGACCCUGCUGAGGCAGCUGGAGACAAACCAACUAGAUAUCGAUGCCACACUAGAGGAGCUGUCUGUGCAGCAGGAAACUGAGGACCAGAACUACAGCAUCUUCCUUGAAAUGAUGGAGGCUCGAAGUCGAGGCCACGCAUCCCCUUUGGCAGCCAAUGGGCAGACCCCAUCAUCAGGCUCCCAGUCGCCAGUUGUGCCUCCAAGUGCCGUGUCCACAGGGAGCUCCAGCCCCAGUACACCCCAGCCUGCCUCCCAGCUGUCCCUUGGUGUCUCCUCCCCCUGUCCCUCAGCACCAUCUCCCGUACCCCCACUGGAGGCUAUGCCCUCCUCUGUACACCCUUCAGCCCCAGCUCCAGCCCAGCGUCGCAGUAUCAUCUCUCGGCUUUUUGGGACCUCAUCAGCUGCAGAAGUGACCCCUUCAACUCCAGAGCCAGCUCCAGCUCUAGAGGCCCCAACAAAAGUCCAAAAUGUUGAGGAUUUUGUCCCUGAAGAUGGCCUUGAUCGAAGCUUCCUAGAAGACACAACCGUGCCUAAAGACAAGAAGAAAAUUGAAGCCAAAGGCCUACAGCAGGAUAGUGACAGCGAUGCUGGAGAUGUCAUAGGAGGGAACCCCAUGGUGGCAGGUUUCCAGGAUGAUGUGGAUAUAGAAGACCAGCCACAUGGCAAAUCCCUGCUACCUUCAAACCCCAUUCCCAGUAAGAACAUCAGUCUUUCAAGUGAGGAGGAAGCUGAAGGACCAGCAGGCUACCCCAGAGUAGCUCCUCAGCAAUGUUCAGAGCCUGAGAUAAAAUGGUCCUCCACCAAGGCCUCACAUCCACAAAAGAAGGGAGCUCCCACACGAGCCAUACCACCAUGGUCAGAUGGUCUCACCACUGGCUCAGAGCCUGAACUCAGCAGUAUCAAGCCACCCACUGAUGGCGCUCCUAGGCCUCAGGAAGGGAAGGACAAACAGGUGUCAUCAGAAAGUGAUCCUGAGGGGCCCAUUGCUGCCCAGAUGCUGUCUUUCGUCAUGGAUGACCCUGACUUUGAAAGUGAUGAGUCAGACACACAGAGGAGAAUGGGGCCGUUCCCAAUAAGAGAAGACUUCUCUGAUAUAAGUGAUGAGGAUACUGGGCCCUCUCAGCCACCCGUGCCCUCCAAGCCAGCAGUCCCUGCUUUCAAACUGAAGAAUGAUUCAGAUCUCUUUGGGCUGGGUCUGGAGGAGACAGGACCCAAGGAAAGCAGUGAUGAAGAUAAAGACAGCAAACUUCCCUCUAAGGAGAAGAAGAAGAAGAAGAAGAAGAAAGGCAAAGAGGAGGAAGAAAAGGCUACAAAGAAGAAAAGCAAACAUAAGAAAAGCAAGGACAAGGAAGAGGGCAAGGAGGAUCGGAGAAAGAAAAGGAAGCCUCCUCGGAGCAAGGAGCAGAAGGCUGCAGAUGAGCUGGAAGCCUUCUUGGGAGGCGGGGCCCCUGGCAGCCGCCACCUUGGAGGUGGGGACUAUGAGGAGCUCUAGGCAUGCCAGGGGCAGUUAAUUGUCCUGGGAAGAAGGGUACUGCCAGUGGCUGAUUGGGAAGGCUGCUGUCUAUGCACUCGAAUUCCCAGGACCACUCUGCCACCUAUGUACCCCAGCCAUUGUGUCUGCCCCUGUGUGGUCUGGCCCACUCUACAUUAAUGUUUGUCCUGGAGACCUUGGGUCAGGCACUGCAGGUGCUGGGCCUCAACCUAGCAGAAGCCUGCUCUGCAGGGAGGGAGGGGACAGAAUAAAGUUGCAGCUGGCUUGGUGGAUCACCUGGCCCUCCCCAGAUAGAGCUGCAGCCAGUCCCCGGUGUUUCUCAGGGAUGUGCCUGGGGCCGAGAAGGGACCCACCAGGGUCUGUUUACAGAGGCAGGAUGUGGGGUUGCUUGGCUUCUCAAAUGUUAACCACCCAGUCCCACUCCUGCUUGCCUUCCUGAGCUCUCCCAGGACCACAGCAUGGCUUGGGUUGUGGACCUUCUUCCCCAUGGAUCCAGAGUAGAGCAGGGUCCUGCCCUGAGCAGAUGUGUACUCAGGAGGGCAUGGCAGCAUCUGCUACUGCAAAGUGGCCCAGGCCCUCCACUGGUUAAGACUGGCAAGAGAACACAAUGUACCUCCUCUCCUGUGGGAGAGGCACUGACAGCCUGCCACUGUGUGCCAGCUGCGCCUCUGCCUGUUGAGCGCCUGCGCAGGUGAGCGUAGCGAGCGCUUUCUUAGACACUCCACCCAGACUAUAAAACUCUCCGAUUUUA